AGCCAACGUCGACGGCAAUUCACGCUACCGGCCGCUAUCCAACUUUGGCUGCGACCGCCUCGCUCGGGAAGCAACUCGUCGCCUCUCGCGCCGAGACGCACCGGCCGGUUCGACGCGCCGCGCCGCUCUCGGUCAAAAACCAGCUCCUGGUCGCUUAGCGCGCGACGAGCCACCGGUCAGCCUCGUCGUCGCGCCCGCGCCGACGAGCCACCACCGCAGCCCCAGCCCCAGACUCGUCGCCGCCGCCGCGGCGCCGAGCCCGCGGCCGCGGCCCGUUCGCAACCCUGGCGGCCAUGUCGCUCCCGCGGCGAAUAGUGAAGGAGACGCAGCGGCUCACGCAGGAGCCCGUGCCCGGCAUCACGGCCAUUCCCUUCGAGGACAACAUGCGCUAUUUCAACGUGAUCAUUUCCGGGCCCGACGACUCGCCCUACGAGGCGGGCGUGUUUAGAUUGGAGUUAUUUCUACCCGCGGACUACCCGAUGGCGCCGCCGAAGGUCCGGUUUCUCACGAAGAUCUACCACCCGAACGUCGAUAAAUUGGGGCGCAUCUGCCUCGACAUCCUGAAGGACAAGUGGUCGCCGGCGUUACAAAUAAGGACGGUCCUAUUGUCGAUCCAGGCGCUGCUGAGCGCGCCGAACCCCGACGACCCAUUAGAUAACGGCGUCGCGGACGCGUGGAACCGGGACGAGGCCGCGGCGCAGCGGACGGCGGCGGAGUGGACGCGGAUGUACGCGUCCGGCGCGAAGUGAGUCGCCCGCGUGUUUUAAUUUGUGCCCUCCCCCGAAUCCCGCCCACCACGUCGCUUAUCCCUGCGUUCCGCGUGCGAGUAAUCUGUACCCGG